UAUUGAAGUACACAUUUAUUAAAGUAAUAAAAAUAAACCAUUUUAAGGACACAUACGAAAAAAGAAAAAAGAAAAAAUAAACAGAGAGAAUUGCGGAGUAAAAUAAAAAGAAAAGAGAAGAAGGCAGAGACAGAGUGGUGGUCUUGUUCGUCUCCUUUCAAAACUUGCGGCGGCGGAAACUACGUUUCACGGCGGCGGUCUUAAGUUUCUUCCUUCUGAAUCUUCUCUCUUAAAAAAAAAAAAAAAGUUCCCAUUCGCUGUAAUUGCAAACUGGCCAAGUACCCCACUUGCUUCUACUCUUGUCUUCAAAGGUUCUCUUUUUUUAUUCCUUCCUUUUUUUUCACCAAAUUAAACAAAUGGGUUUGGUAGUUGCACAAGAGUAAAAACUAACCAAAGUAAAAAGUUUGAUUCUUGUUGUUGUUGUUGCCGUUGUUGAUUCUUAGUUAAGUAAGUAAAAAAUUUUCGGUGAGUCUUAAGAAAGAGAGAGAGAGAGAGAGUUGUUGUCUGAAACGAUGUCACUUUCUGUCGGCAUUGUCUGCGUUCCGACACAAGACUUGAUUUCUUCUUCUUGUUCUUCUUCUUACCCUUUUACCUUCAAGUUGUUCUAGAAGAAACUGCGGCGGUUUGAUUUGAUGUUUCCAUUGCUCUCUGUUCCGUUUUCACACCAAGCUUUCUUGUUUCUGAUUAGAAAAAUAAUUUGAUUCCUUGAAUCUGCCGAUAUAAGGAAUUUUUUUCAUUGAAUGUGGAGAAAAAAAAGAAUGUGGGGAAUCACGUCAUCGAUUUUGUUGAAUUUGUGUGAUAUUUAAUCGCCGAUGAAGUUGAGAUUUUCUGGAGAUCUGUCAAGGUUCUUUUAAAAAAUACUUACUGCAUGUUGAUUGAUUGAUUUUUACAAAGUUGACACCUUUUCUUUUUUUACCUCUCAAGCUCCUCUGUUUGCUUUUAAAACUGUCUCUUCUGUUUUUUUUUUUUUCUUUUCGCCGACAUUCUUGUUUUAUUCUUUCUCUCCAGGGUUAUCGCAUGGUAGUAGAAGCUUGGAGCAUCGGUGAGGAAAAGAGAAAGAGAGAGAGAAGGCAGUUUUGUUUUCCAAAUGUCAGCAAUUCUUGCAGCUGCCAUUGGUGGUGCUGUAGGAGCUCUUGCAUUGAUUGCUUUGUUUGUUUUUCUCCUUUGGUUUUGUGUCUUUCGUCGUAAGAAUCUGUCUAGAACUUCUGAGACUGGCUCUUCUGAUCCAUCUACUCAAGAAGGAAGAAAUGUUGCAAUUGAGUUGUCAAUGAGAGAAGCUAGAAGAUUUGAAAUGGAGGAACUUGCUCAAGCCACCAAGAGUUUUACCAAUAAAAGUCUUAUUGGUAUUGGCAAAUUCGGCGAGGUUUACAAAGGUUUGCUUCAAGAUGGUGUUCUUGUAGCUAUCAAGAAAAGACCUGGUUUGCCUACUCAAGAAUUUGUUAACGAGGUUCGUUAUCUAUCGUCUAUCCAUCACCGUAAUCUCGUCACUCUUUUGGGGUUUUGCCAAGAAAGCAACACACAGUUUCUUGUCUACGAGUAUGUUCCUAAUGGAAGUGUUUCCAGUCACCUGUACGGUGCUGGUGGUAAAGUACCUGGUAAUAGACUAGAGUUCAGACAUAGGCUUGCAAUAUCUAUAGGAGCAGCUAAAGGCUUGGCACAUCUUCACUCGUUGAGUCCUCGGUUGAUACACAAGGACUUCAAAACCGCUAAUGUUCUUGUGGAUGAAAAUUUCAUUGCUAAGGUUGCGGAUGCAGGAGUCCGUAACUUCUUAGGAAGAGAGGAUGUUGGUACAUCGUCUCACAUUGUUGCAGACCAGAUUUUCCUCUCCCCAGAGGUUCAAGAGUUCAAAAGAUUUUCAGAGAAAAGUGAUGUCUAUGCUUUUGGUGUAUUCCUCUUGGAAUUAGUAAGUGGAAGAGAAGCAUCAGAACCAUCCCCUUCAAGCUCAACGCAAACUCUAGUCGAUUGGAUGCAAAACUUAACGGAUUACGCAGAUAUACCAAUGAUGAUUGAUGAGAGACUAGGAGGUACAUACACAGCAGAAGGAGUUGAGGAACUUAUUACAUUGACACUAAGAUGUGUUGAUGUAUCAAGUGAGAAGAGACCAACAAUGAGUUUUGUUGUGACAGAGCUUGAAAGAAUAUUGGAUAAAGAAGUGAGCUUAACAACAGUAAUGGGUGAAGGUACUCCAACUGUUACUCUUGGAAGUCAGCUUUUUAAAGCAACCAAGUGAUUAUUAUAAAGGAACCAUCUUUUUACAUAUAUAUACAUAUAUAUAUAUAUAUUAUAUAAGUUCUCUGAGACAAGAACCAAUCAGAGAACUUAAGGAGGAAGAAGAAGAAGACUGAUCAGCUGUUUUGUGUUAAGUGUAUAAAGAACAGCUGAAGCUUAUUGUUUGUUUGUUUUUUCCCUCCUUUUUCACUUCCUUUGGAGGUUAUUAUUUUCAGCAAUUAUUUUUUUGACAAUGAGUGCAGAAAAGUAUAACUUUGUAAAAACAUUAUUUAUUGAUAUAAAGGAAGCAAAGAGUGGAAUGUUGUGUGAUUCUUUGUUA